AUGAAUAUCGCCAAGCUCCUUCAGCCAGCUCACAGGCACGUCACGGCUCAUGGGGGCCGGGUAAUUCAAAGACGAUUAGGUACCAGAAUACCACCUUACGUUCGAAGUUUUCACCAAACACCCAUAACAAAUGGCAGAUGGGCAAAAGUGGUGGGCCGAAAGACGGCGUCAGAUGCGAAGAAGGGCGCUAUCUAUUCAAAGGCUAUACAGAAUAUAGCGAUUGCCGCUAAAGUUGGAGGGUCCCAUGAUCCUACGACCAAUCAUGCUCUUGCGGCCGCCUUGAAAAGCGCACGAUCCGCAGGAGUUCCGAAGGACAAUAUUCAAGCAGCCAUGAACCGAAUUACAAACCCCAGUUCUCAAGAUGCGCAGCAGAGUGCAACGUACGAGGCGAUUGGUCCUGGGCAGGUUGGGUUGAUCAUUGAAUGUUUAACCGAUAACAGUACAAGAACUGCCAAGAAGGUUCGGGAGAUUUUGUCGGACAACAACGCACGCCUAGCUCCGGUUGCGUACCUGUUUUCCAGAUGCGGGCAAAUAAGGCUCACGCCCGCCGACGGGACCUCGUACGAAGAACUUUGGGACUUGGCUGUAGAUGCCGGUGCCGAGGACAUAACAGAAAUUGAGGCUGACGAGAGUGAGUUCGGGUCGGCCGAGGUUCUGAUCACAACGCCCCCAAAUUUGCUCACAACGUUAGCAUCCAAGUUAUCGAAGCACACACUGCACAGUGUUGAACUCGCCUAUAUUCCUACAGAGGCGUCGGAAUCGGAAUUAUCAGAGCCGGACCAAAGGUCAUUGGAGGAAUUGAUGGAAGAAUUAGAAGACAGCCAGGAUGUUGCCUACAGCAAUACUUACUUUGUAUAUGCUGGCUCUUACAAGGAGCAAGUUGUUAUCAAUCGUGCAAAUAUCAAGAUCUACGGGCAAACGUCCAACGCCAUGACAUAUGCCAACAACGAAGCGACCAUCACAAACAACGUUCCCGCCUCCUCGGCAGGAAGUAACGAUGCAAGCGGCACGGUCCGUGUUUUGGCUACGGGCGUCAGAAUUUACAAUCUGAAUAUUGCUAACACAUAUGGCAAGCCUGUUGAGAAGUCCCAGGCCAUUGCACUUUCCGUCCAAGCAGGCCAAUUUGGCUGCUAUGGCUGCAAACUAACUGGAUAUCAAGAUACCCUACUGGCCGAUAAGGGGACGCAGUUCUAUGGAAAGAGCUACAUCGAGGGUGCUGUUGACUUCAUCUUCGGGCAACAGGCAUCCAUCUGGAUCACUGGUUCGACGCUGAAUACGAUCGGAAAUGGAUACAUCACUGCAUCCGGUCGCUCGUCUGCAGACUCGAACUACUACGUCAUUGACAAGAGCACCAUCACCGGUUCGGGCAAGCAAUACCUUGGGCGUCCAUGGAGGAACUAUGCUAGGGUUAUUGUACAGGGCACAAGCAUUGGUUCUCACGUUGCUGCUGAGGGCUGGUCUAAAUGGUCCAGCUCUGCCGCUAACACUGAGCAUAUUUUGUUUGGCGAGUACAACAACUCUGGUGGAGGAGCCUGGAAGUCUGGACGCGCGUCAUUUGCUACCAAGCUGUCCGCUGGGGUCUCCAUAUCCACCGUUCUUGGAAGCACUAGCUGGAUUGAUUCGGCUUAUCUUAACGUGUACUUUGUGUACGCCGGUUCUUACAAGGAACAGGUCGUAAUCAAUCGUGCCAAUGUUAAAAUUUAUGGACAAACGUCCAAUGCUUUGACAUAUGCCAACAAUCAAGCGACCAUCACAAACAACGUUCCUGCUUCUUCGGCUGGCAGCAAUGAUGCAAGCGGUACAGUACGAGUGUUAGCUACCGGUGUCAGUAUCUAUAACCUAAACAUUGCCAACACAUAUGGCAAGCCGGUUGACCAGUCUCAGGCCAUUGCUCUUUCUGUCCAAGCAGGCCAAUUUGGCUGCUAUGGCUGCAAACUAACUGGAUAUCAAGAUACCCUACUGGCUAACAAGGGGACGCAGUUCUAUGGAAAGAGCUACAUCGAGGGUGCAGUUGAUUUCAUUUUCGGCAUGGAAGCUUCCAUCUGGAUAACAGGUUCGACGAUCAAUACUAUUGGGAACGGGUACAUCACCGCGUCUGGCCGUCAAACUGGUGACUCAAACUACUAUGUCAUUGAUAAAAGUAGCAUCACUGGAACCGGAACCCAAUACCUCGGACGCCCGUGGAGGAGUUAUGCGAGGGUCGUAGUUCAGGGAACAAGCAUAGGCUCUCAUGUUGUUGCUGCGGGCUGGUCGCAAUGGUCCAGUUCAUCACCCAAUACCGAUCAUAUCCUAUUCGGCGAAUACAAUAAUUCGGGAGGAGGUGCUUGGAGAACAGGUCGUGCAUCCUUCGCAAGCAAGCUGUCGGCUGGUGUCUCGGUCUCAACUGCUCUAGGAAGCACGAGUUGGAUUGAUUCCGCCUACCUCUAA